AUGAUGGCAGUAAGCCACCGAGACAUCCUGAAGCGAACAGAACAGCUGGCAAGGUCUUCUCGACUGGCCAUACACAGGUUGACACGGAGCGUUGAUGCUCUUGAGCAAGAUGUGUUGCCAGUGCAUGAGCAGACCAGAACCUUGUAUGAGUUACACCAGAACGCAGGGACGGCGAUCGAGCGACUGGAAGACAUGUGUGAUAAGCUCAAGUCAGUGAUUAAGAUAGGAGAGGUGCUGGGCAAAGCAAACAAGGAUUGGGAGAAGUUCUACUCGUAUCUGGAAGAACUCAAUGCUUGCAGGGCCUUCCUCAAGAGCAGUCCUGCGCUUUCCAGAAGUAAUGGCAUUGUUCAAGUCACAGAACAAACUUUGAAUAUGGCGGUUGAAUCUAUCGUGAGUGAAGUAAGUCGUCUAGUUGACAACGUGCCCAUCGAUGUUGGACAAGAUUUUCGUCAAAGAGAUAAAUCAGAGAAAGCAGACCAGUCACAACUUUUGCAAACUGUACGGGAGCUGAGGAAGCUUCGAAUGGCUCUGAUCAAGAUAGGACAGGAUAGAAUGCCCCAAGUGCUUCUGCGUCUGCGAAUAGAAACGUCCCUUGCCUUCUACAAGCGACUCGAAAGGCAAGAGAAAGCUAUGAAUGAUCGUGAACUCGCCAACUACUCCCAUCGUGAUCCUUCUUCUGUAAUCUCAAAGCUUCCUGAUACUCUCAUCACCUUACUCAAUUUCGAGAAGAAGAUCUUUGGACAUGUGCUUUCCAAAGAUUUGGAAUCUGAAAGCCAAACAGAGACAGAGAGCUUGGAAAAAGAUGCUGAGGUUGACUACGAGAUGGUCAAAAUCUUCGACAGCUUCUGUUGCAAACUGAUUCCAGAAUUUUGUCGAGUGAUGAAGGACAAUCUCAAAUCGAAAUCCAAGGACCUUAUGUCGCCUGACGUGUCUGCACAACAUGCAUGCAGCUGGACAAUCUCUUGCAUGGACUUGUACGAUCGGUAUGCUGAAGUCAGAUCGGAGCUCAUCAAGCUCUUUCGAUACCUUCCAAGCGAAACCACUCUAGUAGGCGACAUCGACGGACUUGUACCUGACAUCUGCAGCGCAUGCAGCGUCACCCUUGCUCAGCUGCCUGCCAUAGUGCAGAGUCACGACGUGAUGCGAUUGGAGCAGCGGGCGGCGACAGACAAGUCGAAGCAUCGGACGAAGGUGUUGGACUGCUCCGUAUCUGAGAUCACCAGGCUGCUUGGAGGGGAAAUGAAGCAGUUUGUUAUCCUCGAGGAGAAGUACAAGUCCAUCUACCCGUCCAUCAAAGAGUGUGACAAGAAGAUGCACUUGCCUAACCUGCUGAGUGAAUGGCUUGUCAACCUGUGUGAUGCCUGGGAGACAAACUUACAAGCAAAGGCGAAGUAUCUGAACGACUCCAAGGCAGCUCUGAUAUUUUCGUUGAACAAUCACUAUCACUUUAUCAAAAGGCUACAAAAGGAACCAGAGGUCAAGAAAUCACUUGCUGGAUUCCUGCUGGCACUGCAGAAAAAAAUUGACCUUGAGAGCAAAGAACUGGUCCAGGACUCGUGGCUAGGAGCUCUCUCUGCUCUGUCUGCUGUCCAUCUCCCCUCAAGCCACUUGAAGCUGGACAUGCGACUGAAAAGGAGUGAGAGGCACAGCGUGAAGGACGCGCUGACAUUGUUCAACGCGGAGGUUGAGAUGAUCCUGCACAACGAGAUGUGGUAUGUCGAAGACGAGGGCUUCCGACAGAUGCUGGCUAAGGGUGCAGCAGACUUUGUUCUGCCUUAUUAUGUAGAUUUCGUCACCAAAUUCUGUAAUUCUUCGUUCUCGACACACAAAGACAAGUACAUCAAAGCGAAAAUUGAACUUUGCUAA